AUGACGCCCAGCGGGCGCCCCGCGGGGCUCCGCCGCUCCCCCCAGGCCUGGACCGUGAAUUUGGUUGCAAUGGAGACCGUGUCCCUGGAGCACCAGAUCCAGAGCGUGCAGCGGCACAUCGCUUUUCUGAAGAAGGAGCAGAUGGAGCUGCUCCAUGACCUGCACCUGGAGAUACUCCGCUUGCAGAAGCACUGCUCAGAGCUCACCCAUGACCUGGAAAUAAAAGAGCUGGAAACCCGCCAGCAAGACGUCCUGGACCGGGAGCUGGAGGAGAAGUGCCGGGCGAUGGAGGCCCAGCUGCAGGAGAAGGAGAAGGACAACCUGGAGCUGCGCAAGGAGCUGCGGCACAAGGAGACGCUGGUGGCCGCGCUGCGGUCCAGCCUCCGCAACAAGGAGCGCCGGUUCCUGGAAGAGCUGAAGCGGCGGAGCCACCGCGUCACCAUCCUCGACACCGAGCUGCAGAAGCAGACGGAGGCGGCCGCCUACCUCUCCCUGCAGCUGCACGCCACCGCACAGCGGCUGCCGGGCCCCCGGGCGGGCGGGCGGCCGCCCCCCGAGCAGCCCUCCGCUGGCCCCCCGGCCGAGGGCAGGCCCCGGCGUCGCGGCCACAGGGCGCACCCCCGGCGCCCGCCCGGGGACGGCACCCACCCCAGGGACCCCGUGCAGGAGGAGCACGACGCCAUGCCCGACCCAGCCCUCUUCCUCUACACGGCGCGGCCGCACGCCCCGCAGCGCCCACCGCCAGAGCCCCACGCCCAGGCCCGCGGCACGGCCAGCGCUGCUGCGGCCCCCCGGGUGCAGAGGCCCCCCCGGCAGCCCACACAGGAGCCGGUGGCCAGGGCCAGGUUGGCCAAGGGUGAGCCUGGCAAGAGGCAGGGGUCCAGUCCCCGCGGUGCCCCCCGGGCGCAGGAGUAG